CUUUUCACUUUACACACAUCAUCGUGGAUUGCUCAUUUUGCCCGGCUACAAAGCAGAGCCAUGCCGCUGGGGAAGCAGUUGCGAUUUAGCCAUGGCUGCAGCUUGGAUCGUGGUGCUGGUGCCUUUGGUGCUAGGCUUGGCCGUGGCAGGCCCUGUCCCCACUUCAAAGCCCACCACAACUGGGAAGGGCUGCGACAUUGGCAGGUUCAAAUCUCUGUCACCGCAGGAGUUGGCAAGCUUCAAGAAGGCCAGGGACGCCUUGGAAGAAUCACUCAAGUUGAAAAACUGGAGUUGCAGCUCUCCUGUCUUCCCCAGGAAUUGGGACCUAAGGCUUCUCCAGGUGAGGGAGCGCCCUGUGGCCUUGGAGGCUGAGCUGGCCCUGUCGCUGAAAGUCCUGGAGGCUGCCGCUGACACUGACUCGGCCCUGGGGGUCGUCCUAGACCAGCCCCUUCACACCCUGCACCACAUCCUUUCUCAGCUCCGGGCCUGUAUCCAGGCUCAACCCACAGCAGGGCCCAGUCCCCGGGGCCGCCUCCAACACUGGCUACACCGGCUCCAGGAGGCCCCCAAAAAGGAGUCCCCUGGCUGCCUCGAGGCGUCUGUCACCUUCAACCUCUUCCGCCUACUCAUACGAGACCUGAUAUGUGUCGCCAAUGGGGACCUGUGUCUGAGAACGUCAACCCACCCCGAAUCCACCUGACACACACCACACCUUAUUUAUGGACUGAGCCCUACUCCUUCCUUAAAUUAUUUCCUCUCACCCUUUAUUUAUGAAGCUGCAGCCCUGACUGAGACAUAGGACUGAGUUUAUUGUUUUACUUUUAUACAUUAUGCACAAAUAAACAACAAGGAAUUGGAA